AUGGUCAACGUCUUUCUAACCGGCGCAACCGGCUUUGUCGGUUCUCACCUUACUCCUAUCUUGCUCCAGGGGAAGCACAAGUUGACCGCUAUCGCCCGGUCGGACGCCUCCGCCAAGAAACUGCAAGACCAAGGUAUAACCGUCAUCCGUGCCAGUCUUGAAGACACCGACGCCCUCUUCAAAGCUGCGUCCGAGGCAGAUGCCGUCAUCCAUUUAGGCUUUGUUCAUGAUAUGGCCAACUUUUCCAAAGCCAUCGAAGUCGACUACACCACUGUUGAAACGUUCGCCAAAGCCCUCGAGGGCACCUCCAAAACCCUCAUCACCACCUCCGGCCUCCUCGCCUCCUCCUCCCCCACCCCCUCCGAGCUCACCCCCGCCAUGCACGCCGGCCGAGGCAAAGCCGAGCACCUCGUCCUCUCUCUCGCUACCUCCGCCAUCCGCUCCCACGUCGUCCGUAUGGCCCCUACCACCCAUGGCGACGGGGAUGAAAGUAUCAUGACCCUCUACAUCCAGCAGUCCACGAAAGCUGGCUUUGCGGGGUACGUCGGGGAAGGGGAUAUCCACUGGCCAGCGGUCCAUGUUAAGGACGCUGUCAAUGUGUUCAAGCUUGCGCUGGAGAGCAGGACCCUCAAGGGUGGGGAGGUCUUGCACGCGGUCCACGAUGAUGGGGUACCAUUCAAAUCUAUCGCCGAGGCUGUCGCUGGCAGGCUUGGGAUUCCUACCAAGAGUCUUACUUUGGAGGAAGCGGCAGUGCAUUACGCUUUUCUUUCAAAAAUGUUCUUUACGCGCGAUAUGGUGGCUUCGAGCGAGCUUACGAAAGAGUGGUUAAGCUGGCAGCCAAAGCAGAAGGGGUUGGUGGAGGAUAUCAAGACUAGCGAGUGGUACUUUAGUCCUGAGGCCGUGUCCAAGUAUUGA